AAUCUUGAACAAAGACCUAUCCACCACCAACCAAUUAGAACAAUGUGAAGAGUGAAGUUGUAAACAGGACAGUGAAGAAAAAGAAUAAUGGAAACACUAAAUUCAUUUCCAAGACUAGUAGUAUCUCCAACUCCAUUAACCUCAAAAAACAAACACUCCCUUCACUUCCCAAUUUCCAAAUCCAAACAACUACAUCAAACUUCAAACUUGACACCUCUUUUUGCAACUAUAAAUUCUCCAAAAGGUUUUGGACCUUCCCCUAAGAAAAUUACCAAAAAAACCAAGAAACCAAAACAAGAAUAUGAAGAUAAAGAUGAUGAUGAUCAAGAAGAUGAUGAUGAUGAUGGGAAUCAAGAAGGAGGUGUUAUACCAGAGAUAGUGACUAAUAGAAUGAUAAGCAGAAUAGGAUUAUCAGUUGGUAUACCUUUGUUUAUUGGCUUAUUAUUUUUUCCUUUCUUUUAUUAUCUUAAGGUUGGAUUAAAGACUGAUGUGCCUACUUGGGUACCUUUUAUUGUGUCAUUUAUUUUCUUUGGGACUGCCUUAUUAGGAGUUAGUUAUGGGAUAGUUUCAUCUAGUUGGGAUCCAAUGAGAGAAGGAUCACUCUUGGGUUGGAAUGAAGCUAAGAAGAAUUGGCCUGUUUUUUGGCAGUCAAUUUCAGGUGGUGGAUCAAGAAAGAAGUAUUAGGACUUUUGGCUAUGCAAUAUCUCUCUUUGAAUAUGUCUUUUAAAUCUUGGUCUUAUUAUAUAAUCUUCUCAUUUA